AUGUGUUUGCAAGACCAAUCUGAAACUAGUGACCAACCUAAAUGUUUAUUACUAUACCAAAGUAUUUAUGAAGAAUCGUAUGAUGAUUUAUAUAAAGAUAGUUGUAGAUAUUAUAAGCCAGAAGAUAGUUGUGGAGAGGAUGAGCCAGAAGAUAGCAUAUUAAGAGAAAUUUAUAAUAGGCAAAUGUUUGUGUUAUUUGAAGUACUUGAACAAUGUUUAAAGAUAUCAGACGAUAUAAUGAAUGAAAUCAAAUUUUAUGUACAAGAGUGUCAAUUAGAAGCUACUGUUUUAAAAAAGAUAUUAAGAAAAAAGUAUCCAGAUCAGGACAUUUACUGCCAAGAUCUUUAUAAUAUGAUACAUAAAUUUAAAGCUGGUUCUCAAGUUAAAAAUGAUGCUGCAACACUUCUAAAACAUUUAAUUAAAUUACAUUCGGAGGAUCCUGAAUAUUAUUUCAAAAUUAAAUUUGAGAAAGAACUUUUGUUAAGAGAAGAAGUUCAAGAAAAAUCAAUUACACUAAUUCAAGUUGAAACUGAAUUUCAAACCAGCACAUUUCAAACAUUAAAUAAUAUCUGUGGGCAAGAAAUAUUUAAUGAAUCUUUUAUAAAUUUAGAUUCAAAAAAAGAAAUAUAUGGCUGUGGUAUUAGGCUAUGCAAAAAGGCUUUAAAUUUGGUAAUCUUAAACAAUUCUUGUGAAGCUUUUGAAGAGCUUUUACAAUAA